AGUGAUAAAGUACUUUUUAAUAGAUUUCCGCAAUAGCACAAUGAAACGAACUCUCUCUCUUUUUAUAGACAUAUUUGCGAACAUCGGUGGCAAGAGUAGGAAAUCGAAAUCAGCUUGUGCGAGUGUGAAUGUCUUUCCGCUCCUCUCCUGAGGAGAACGGCGCAAAUACAAUAUGAUGGAAAUAAAGUUCAUUUGCGGCUGCAAGGCAUCUGUUUUUUCAGUUUUUUCAGCCAACAAGUAGACUCAGACAGACCCCAACUCUAUUAAGCACCAUGCCGCCUCGAAAAGGCGGGCGCAAGCGGAAGUUAGCGGACGAUGACUCCGAGGAACAGUCUCGUGCGCGACAACCGAAGCAGGUCAAGGCCGAAAUACAACCUGCCGAGGAGGCCGUACCUCCAUUCGCGGAGGAACUACCCGCUGCCGGUGGAGAAGCAGAAAAUGAUCCUGCUGCCGUACAAGAAACACUUGCCGUGGAGCUCCAGCCAGACGAAGUCAAUGAAGAACCAGACGCGUUUGCAGCAAACGAACAAGAAAUUGCGGCGCCAGCUGCACAGCCGCAAGAGUCCGCCGAGUCGUCAAGCAGCUCGUCCUCCUCAUCGUCAGCAGCUGCACAGGAGGAAGCACAACAUGCGCCCGCCGCCGACGAGGAAGCUGUGCCAGCAGACGCUGAAGUAGAUGUCAUGGAACAGCAGGUCGACCCCCCCGCAGAACCGCCUGUUUCGUCCAAUGCAAAGCAGGUUGCCAGUGCUUCGAAGAAAUCUUCCAAUUCCUCCUCCUCUUCGUCCUCAUCCAAAGCGGCGAACAAAAAAAAGGAUCCGCCUUCCGCCUCAAGUAAAAAGAACCAGCCACUCUCUGCGGGCAAAGUUGUAAACAGUGCCAGCAAGGCGGUUUCGUUUAAGAAGCCGGCGAAGAAGGACACGAUUGAAACGUUGCUGCCGCCGUUGGAAGAGGACGAGGAGAAGCCGGAGCCGAAAUCCGCCAUGAAGGGCAACAAGGCGAAAACGCCGAUGAAGGUGCAGUUCUCGCAGGCCGAAGUCGAAGAGUUCUCCGCGUCCCAACUGAAUGGCACGCCGCGACUGGACCCCGUGACCGGACUUCCGCUCAACAGCUCGGCUCCAACGUCAAGCCAGCAACUGCCCGUCCCAGGCGCGUCAGCAGCAGCAUCCUCGUCUUCUCAACAUCAUACAGCUGCGUACUACAACAGUGGCAGUGCCUCUGCCCCGCCAGCCUCGUCUAUGUUCAUGAACAACAGCGCAGCCUCGGAGCAAGAUCAAGAAGAAUACCAGCAAGGACCUCCCCCGCCCAGUGGCACCGGUUCGAACGAGGGGUCCGUCCGGCCGUCCGCGGUUCCCGGGGCGGCGCCCAGCGCGCAGAACAACACGAGUUCCAAUCCCUCGUCGGCAGCGUCGCCCGACCUGCCGGACAACAAUGUGGUGCAGGUGGAGAAGGAGCCCGAGAAAAAGCAGCGCCUGAUGAUCGAGAAGAUCGAGCUGGAGAACUUCAAAUCCUACGGCGAGAAGCGCACCAUCGGGCCCUUUCACCAGCUCUUUUCCGCGGUCAUCGGGCCCAACGGGAGCGGGAAGUCCAACACCAUUGACGCCCUGCAGUUUGCGUUCGGAAAGCGAGCCAAAGAGGUGCGACAAAACAAGUUGUCCGAACUCAUCCACAACUCCAAGGGGAAGGAAAAUUUGAAAAUGUGCCGGGUCUCCGUCUACAUGAUGGACAUUUUGGACGAGCCCGACUUUGACGCAGACAAGCCGUACACCGUCGUGCCGAGUACUUCGUUUUUAAAAAAAAUUUCAGUUUGUUAUUUUUCUGUACCACUAGAAUAGUCCUUGUGGUUUGCUGAAGCUUUUCCUUCGUGUCAGUACUUUGGCAGGUUAUCAACAAAGUGAACUCGACAAUAACCACACUCCCUUGCAGACACGGAGAUCGUUCUAACGCGAGAGGCAACUUCGAAGAACGUGUCCACCUACUACCUAAACGGCAAGACGUCAAGUUUUACGGAGGUAACCGACAAACUGAAGGAACGCGGCGUGGAUCUCGUGCACAACCGGUUUCUGAUCCUGCAGGGCGAGGUAGAGGCCAUCUCGCUGAUGAAACCCAAGGCAGUGAUAUGAGGGUGCGCAACUGCUCUGUCUCUUUCUCAUUUGUCAUGCAAGAGUUCUGCCAAAUUCUGUCUCUGACCCUUGCGGCCGUCUAUGCUUGUAUGGCAGGUUCUGGAAGUGUGGCCCAAACUGCACUACAAUCCGGGCGUUGAUUUGUCGAGUAAUUGCAAACGCGGCGCUUUACUUUCGAGGUGAUUUCUGCUGCUACUAGCGCCGUCGCACUGCAAAUAUAGGAGCAGAUGGAGUAGUUGCUUUUGCACUCUGAUAGGCGAAGGAGGGCGGCGAAGACGGGUUUCUGGAAUACCUGGAGGAUAUCAUCGGCAGCAACAAGUACGUGCCGGCCAUCCAGCAGGGAAACCGGGACCUGGAGCUGAUCACAGGAACGCGGACGGACAAGUUGCGGAUGUACCAGAUGUCGGAGAAAGCGCGGGAGCAGAUCAAGCCGCAGUACAAAGAGGCACUGAAGUGGAUCGAAACGAAAAAGCACCUGCUCAUCAGCGAGGCCUACCGGAAGCAACUGGAGCGCAAGUCCUGCCGCGAGACCGUGACGGAGGUGCAAAAGUGCCACGACGACGCGGAAAAGCUGGUGCAGGAAAACCAGAAAAAGAAGGACGAAAUCGUCGAGAAGCACAAGAUAUGCAUUGCAAAAGUAUCGUACUCGUCGUAUAAAUGCGAGUCUAGGAUGACGGAUCUGCCUUCUAUCUUAGCUGAAUCCGCACGACGAAUUCAUUUUUCUUCUAGGAAGAUAAAAUUUGUUACGCAAGUCGUACGAGUUGUACGAUACUUUUGCAUUUGAUACAAGAAGUUGACGGAUGAGCAUCAAGAUCUGCUGAAGGUUUACCGGGCGAAAAUGGACGAGCUCAAGGGAUGCCAGGAAAAAAUGGCGCAAUUCGAGAUAUCGCAAGAAAAAACUGUUUCACUGUGAACUUGUGAUGCAGAAAAUGGAUCGCAGCCGUGUGUAUCAUGCCACACAUGCAAGACAAUGGAUUUCUAGCUGUGUUUUCCCUUAGGAACCCCGCAUGACAGAUUUUCAGUAUCACGCGUAACAAACGAAACUUGUGAUGCAGAUUUUGCAAAAUCACCACAGUGAAACAGUUUUUUCGUGCGAUACGAGAUGGACGACAAACAGUGCCAGCAGGAGAAGCUCGAAACCGAGCAUAUGCAUUGCAAAUACGUCUGGGUCUGGAACGCUGGAGCUUGUCAUGCUAAAUUCCAAUCACGCAAAAAUCUGUGUUGCCUGAGUACCAAAAGUGGCCCACUUUUGACCAAGCUGAGAGGGAUUUUCUCAUGCAGGGCAGGCAUGAUAGAGACCUCACAGAAUCUGUCAUGCUCGGUCCUGCAUUCCAAACCUCAUGGGCCAUGGAAAACGUGCAUGACAAGUCCUGCAUUCUUCCAGGCCCAGACAUAUUUGCAGUUGAUAGAGCAAAAGAAAAAGCAACUAGACGAAGAGAUCCGGGAGGCGCAAAAGGAGCAGGCGGACCAAGCGAAGAAUGCAGAGGAACAAGAAAAAAAAGUGAUCCCGCAGGCCGAGCAGGAGCUGAAAUCUACCGAGCGCUUUCUCGAGGUGCAGGAGGACAAACUGAAAAAAUUCGAAAAUUCCUUGUCAGGUUGGCUUUUUUUUUGCCUUUGUUGAACGCAAAAGACUAACAACGUUAAAAAACAAGCCUGCGCAGUGCUAGUGCUAUACUAGAAAUUUCUUAUGGUUAUGCGGGUGCAGCUGGUCGUGUAUUUCUGGUGGGCUUUUUACUUGGUUGCCGGUGUUAUUUUUCAUUUUUCCAUAUAUGUGAGGUGAAUCGAGCCGGCUUCGCGAAGAGAAAAUGCAGUGGGAGGCAAAGCAAGCGCCGCUCGCCAACAAGAAGCAGGAGCUAUCCUGUGUAAAAUAUUGGAAGUGUUUGGCUAUCGCUAUCCUCCUUGUACUGCACACCGCUUCUGCACAGAGAUUUCGCUCUCUUUGAAUCAUCAUACAUAUAACUUCGUUUUGUCAUUGGAAAGGAAGCGGCUGCACAAUCAAGGAUGAGGAAGGAGGUAGCCAUCGCUAUCCUUUCUUGACACACUUGAUAAGGGUUGAGGGGUAAGCUGGAGAUGCUGGAGUUCGAACGAAGUCAGCUCACAAAGCACGUGCAAGAAGCCCAUGCGCGUUAUCCUGUGAAAAAUUAUCGCAUUGGUGAGUACAAGAAACAUGAUUUGCAUUUGCAGGUCAGCAAAGAGAGGACUUACUACUAACUAAGGAUUCUUGAUGUUCUCGAGCUCCUGUCUAAAUGUUAGUCAGCAUCGAUCCCGGGAGAUUACAAUUCGAUUUGCAGUUUUGCUGUGUCAUCUUAAAAAAGACGACUUCGUCUUCACAUCUCAUGCGAUAAUUUUUUCGAACGCAUAAACUGCUGGAUAGGAUGAAUAUGGAGCAUGGUCAAGCCAUUUAUGAAACUGAAAAGUGCUGCACCCGUGCCAAGGCAAUUCUGCUAUUUUGCGAGGAACAUUCGAACACAGGAAAUGUGAUGAAGAAAUUUGCGGCUUGCAUGGCGCGGGUGGGCUUUGGCUUUUCCUUUUGAUAGUGUCGGGCAGAGAAAGAAACUCCAGGAAGAAAUAGAUUUCUGUUCGGAGCAAGUAUUGGUUGAUUUGUCGUCUUUUUCUCCUCGCUUUCAUAUACAGUGUUUUGGUUUUCUUACCGCCCUAUACGAACUUUGCUGGAGACCCCCCUAAGAGCAGAUUUUAGGAUUGCGUAUUAAAACUGCUCGACAUUUCAGAUACACGUGAAGACACCGCUGGUGCGAGAAGGGCAGAAACGGCUUGAUGCUAUCCGGCGUUAAACAUCCGCAUUGGCAUCCCCACCUCAGCGUUUAGACACACACAAGCUUUUAAUGCAAAAUUUGCGUUUACAGAAACUGAAACAGAUACAGAUACAGUCCCGUCCGCUUCUUCCCGUCCGUGGCAUCGAGGGCAACGCUGCGUGUGUGUAUGUGUGUGUUUUGUAGGGUUUUUUUGCAUGUUUGUCGUUGGAUUUCCCAGAGCAACAGAAUAGGAAAACGCUCCCGAUGUUGUCGUGCAGGUUUAUGUCCCGUCUGCUCAGAGGUGGUAGGUGAUGGCCUUGUUGUGGCUGUCUUUGCACUACAGGAUACAAAAGCUCGCGGAAAUCAUAAAGUCGAAGACGCUAUGCAUCAAGGAAAUAUGUCUGUGUUAGGAUAGGAAGAAUGCAACAGACUCGUGGUGCCAGGGCUAGCUCUGGCUAACACGAAGCUUUUCAUUCUUGCAUGAGCAGCAAAAGCAAAACCUAUCUCCUUCAUGCUAUUAAGGAUUUCUAUACGCGGUAUAAGACGAGAAUAAGAAAGCAUUUGUCAAACACGUGCUGCUGUGGCUGCGCCUUGCAUUGCAAAUAUCGCUGGGCACGAAUAAGCUGCCGAUUUUCCAGACCCAGACAGAUUUGCAAGGCAUAGACACCAAUUCUGAGCCACCUGAAUCGCCAGUACGAAGAAGCGAAAUACCAGGUGGAAGCUAUCCUGAGUAAAAACGACCGCGCCCCAGAAUUGUCGUGCAGAUGCAGCAACAUUUACAUUCGUAAUGCGCACCCCCAUCAUAGGUAUGGGAGGCAAGGGCAUUUGCGUUUUUCGCCGUGCUGGGCUGUAAACAGGACAACCGGGCAGAUGGCUUUGUGAUGCGGCUGUCCUUACUAACCUGUAAUGAUGCGUGAGCGUGACUCCCAAAUAGAAAUAAAGUUCAGGGCGGAAACGUUUUUACACGGGAUAGAGGCCCACAGAAACACUACCACACGCAUACAAAUGUACUGAUAAUCUGUUUCACUGUGACGAAUAAUUUUUUCCACAGCUUGCAUGCUCAUAGUGUGAAGGCGAAUGAAAUCCCACUUGCCUCAGAAAAAAAUCUGAUAUGCACCUACCGCAGUACCAAUACCUCCUUUAUCUUUACAUGUUAACUUUGUUAUGGUCUUUCGUUUUACCAAAGAGUUUCGUCGUGCACUCAUCUCUUGCAAUAGCGUCACAGGAAAACAGUUUUAUCUUGGAUACACACGAGCAAGCUGAUGAAAGGCCUGUACGAAGUAUCCGCUGGAAAAGCGCUAGCAUCAAGUACAACAACGCAAAAAUGAUCAAACCGACAUACAGUACGAGAAUGCACUUUGAGCAAAUGUAUAACGUGCCUGCCGCCUACGUGCUCGCCGAUGAAAAUGUGAAAAUUUUCUUUCAGUGUUUUCUCAUGUCUUGCAGCUCUAUCGUGAUUGCAGACGAUGUGCUCAUAUGCUAGUGACAUUCUGCGCGAUAAAACGCGCGGCGCAAGGGCGACGUAGACUUCAUUGACCGACUGGGCAACCUUGGUACAACAACCUCUAAUCCGUUAUACUUUGUUCAUGAAUAUGUGUCUUGUCUUUCUCGUCGUCAGCUCAAUAAAAAGGUGCACUGCAUAAAUUUGCUAUGCGGGGCGUAUGGUUCUUAAAAUCCCACUAUACCUGCACCUUCUUCACCAAUUUGAUGUAUAAAAAUCAGGUAAAAUUGAUGACAAGUACGACGUUGCGAUAACCCAGGCGGGCGGCGGGAAGCAUGCUUUUGACCAAAUCGUGACCGAAACCGCCUCGCAGGGAACGGCGAUAAUCAAGUGGCUUAGCGAGAACAACGCGGGUCGCGCGCGAGUCAUCGCCUUGGACCAGGUCAGCAAGGAGGGUUGGGACCGAAACCCGGGCAAUUUACCCCGACCGCGGAUCUUCGACAUGGUUCGAGCCACAGAGGACCGACUCAGGCCCGCAUUCUACUUGCUACUGAAAAACACGCUCGUGGUAGAAACUAUGGACGAGGCAACUCAGGUACAACUACUUAUUUUGAUACGAAUUCGAUUGAUAAGUGUUGAAAUACGAAAGUAUAACGUUGCACGGUAGAAUUUCGUAAAACUGAAAGAGCAAAAGAGAUGAAAGCGUAAUAGUUAUUGUUGUAGCGACGCGGUCCCCUUCGUCAUCGUCUGGCUACACCGCUAGCGUUGCAGCUGUGGCAGCGGACGUGCGCAACACUGUGCGAGAAAGAUUCAGAGAACAUGGAUGUGACAAGCUAAAAUUUUUAGGUGAGCCGGCAUAACGGUCGACACCGAGUGGUUACCCUCGAUGGGGGGAUCGUGGAUCCAAGCGGCACGGUCACGGGAGGCGGAAUGCAGAAAGCGGAGGGAGGCGGGUUGUCGGGACCGGAGGCAAGUGGUACGACACGGACGAAUCUAACUCGGAAUCCCCUUUUCCUUGCAUCUACUUGCCGAGCUGGUGUGCAUUGUCAAUUGCUUUUUCCUUUCAUAGAGAACUAACUGAAACUGCUCUACUAGCUCUACUACUUAGAGAAUGCGCUGUAGUAGUAGAAAAUCACCAAUUGUACCCAUAUGACCUUAGUAUUGUGUUAUCGUUUAUUCAUCCGUAGCAACUGCGUCUGCGUGUGGAGAAGACGGAUCGCACUUCGCGACAUGCUGUCCACCUUUCUUUAUUCUGGCUUUUCAUGGUGAUGGUUGUGCGAGUUUGACAGUCAAGAAGAAAAAGCAACAAGUCGGAGGUGGGAUUAAGUACGUAGGGAUUGGAGUACGUCUUCCACUGCACAACCCGACCGGCAUAUUCGGAGGCGGAGGUGGAGAAGAUGAAAAAGGAACGGGACGAAGCCAGGGAAUAUGUUGCAGGAGUGGAGAAGGAGCUGGUUGAGCUCACGCCCGUCGUGCAGGAGGUUUCUAAUGAGCUCGAGCAGAAAACGCGGACGAAAAAACACUAUGAGGCGCGGGUCCCCGACCUUGACAGAAAUAUCGAGCAUUAUGCCAACCGGAUCGAGGAGGCAAAAACGAUGCCCGUGCUCAACCCAGAGCAAGAAAAGGCGGUCUCGAAGCUGCAGACCGAGGUACUAGGUUCUUGUGUACAACGAUUAAUUGUCAUCGUAGAUCGAUGUACAUGAUGUGCUACGUACAAAGCGUAAUUUUGAUUAAGUUCACCGCCUGUUGUAACGGGAACCAGCUUUGAUGGUACAGAAGUGAAGGCAUGUAGUUCAACCAGCCGAUAGCGCGGAGCGCUCGCAUCCGCGACUGAUGCGGAAAUAGACACGUUAAAAAUUUGCAUAUCAGGUGUCCAAAGUGACGAGCGAAAUCGGGAAUGUGGACCUCGAAUUAACGGAGGCCACCGACAAGGUGUCCGAGCUGACGAACGCGAUUUUCAACGUGGGCGGGGAGGAGCUGAAGAACCUGCAGAACGAGGUGAACAACGUGAAGAAGAAGGUGGAGCAGCUCCGCAAGGGCCACAUCAAGGCCAAAGGGCAGGUGGAGAUCUUCCGCAAGAACGUGCAGGAAGCGGUAAAAAAGGAGGCGGAGUCGCGCAAGAAGCAAGAAAACGCGGAGCAGGCGCUGGUCGACCUGGAAAAGCUGGUGGAAAAAACCGAGAAGGAGGCCGGUGAGUGCCUGGAGCGCUUCCACUUGCUCAUGACGGAAACGUAUCAAAUGUAAAAAUGUCUGGGUCUGGAAAAGUGUAGACUUGUCAUGCAGAUUUCCCAUGACCCUUGAGGUCUGGAAUGCGGGACUUAGCAUGACAGACUCUGCGAGGUCUCUGCCAUGCCUAUCCUGCAUGAGAAACUCCCUUCCAACUUGGUCAAAAGUAUAGAACAGCUUUUGGCACUCAUGCAACACAGAUUUUUGCAUGCUUCAGAUUUUUGCAUGCUUCAGUUGGCCUCGCUGCCGAUGCUGUCGGUAGCGGAUGUCCGCGUUCCUUUAGAAGUAUGGCGGGAAGCGAAGGUUCAGAUUUACCAUGACAAGUUGUAAUCUUCCAGACCCAGACAUUUUUGCAAUUCAUAGAACACAAGCCGACGAGCACCAGCGCAAGGAUCUGGACGCUCAGCUUGCCAAAAUAUCACACAGAAAAAAGCUGGCAGGGCAUAUUGAUAUUUGUAAUGCAAAAAUAAACACACAGAAAAAUCUGCAUUGCAUAUCCGAAACGGCAUGCUAUGAGGCCGCCCAUGCCAGAUUUUUCUGUGUAUUUAUUUUUGCAUUACAAAUAUGCCCUGCCAGCUUUUUUCUGUGGGAUACAAAAUUGACGAAGACCAGAACGCGGUCGCAAUGGUCUUGCUCGACGUCCAGGACUAUCUCAUUGAAGGCAAAAGUAGUACUAAAUCGCAUUCGUAUGAACGUUGAAGAAUUCAAAUUGCAAGAAUCUUCUGACGAGACAUUUAGACAAAAUCUGCGAAGAUGUCCUUGCUUCGAUUUUUACCUGGACCUGCACGAGAUAGUCGAUGUUUUGAAAGCAUUUGUGCCAGGAGUGCGAAUUCCGUGAUAAAAGUACAACUUUUGGGAUGCAUAGGGAGCAACUAAGCCGGACCAAGGAGAAACUCCAAGCCGCAACCGCUUCACUGGAGGACACGAAUCGGAAAUUGGAGCUGUUCCGCAAGGAGUACAAGGACCUUCCCGAUGAGGAUGAGGAGGAGGACGAGGAGGAAGAAGACCUAGACGUUAUCAGGAUGAAUAUAAGUGCCCCUAGAAUGAAGUUGUUGUACCCCAGAAAGGCGACGUGUUUGUAUAUGCAAAAGUAGUUAUUUUUAUUUUUUCCAGUGGAAUCAAUCAUUUUCAUUUUCAUUUCCCAUCUUGCAUAGCACCACAAAGAACAAUUCUCCCUGCGAAUCUAAGCAAAAACUUGUUUGAUAUAAAAAGGCCUAGCCGCAGAAAUGAAAAUAAUCGAUCCCCAGCUCUGGCAUUCGACGUGAGGCACUUGUUCUUUUUACUCUGAUAG